GGAACGCGCCGUAUGUUUUUACAGUGCAGAUUAUCCCUGCAGAAAUAACUUGCGGAAGUGGUAGUCGUCCAUGCUCGAGGCCCUGUAGUUGGUGUUUGCUAACUAUGAUCUUUGAGUUUACUGGAUAAUUACCUAGCUGCAUUUUACGCGCAUAGUGUAGUUAAAUUGAAGUCCAUUAUGGCUGGAAGUCGACUUGAAAAAUUUGGAACAGUGUUCACGCGAGUCAGAGAUCUUAUGCGUUCUGGAGUUGUCAAACAGUCUGACAAGCCCAUUUGGUAUGAUGUAUACAAGGCCUUUCCACCCAAGAAAGACCCACUUUAUGUCAGACCAGUGGCCAAGAUCUAUGGGAAGAAAGAAGAGGCUGUGCCUGACAUCUUCUACAGAGAGGAUGAAAUCAGAGCGAAAUUCUAUGAGGUGUAUGGAACAGGGCCCAGAGCUUUUGAUCUCACCAAGUCCAACUUUGUUUCAACAUGCCAAAGGUUUGUGGAGAAGUAUACAGAGUUAGAGAGCAGGGGAGAACUGGAGAAACAUUCCCUGUUUGAGGAGACUGGGAAAGCUCUCCUUGCUGAGGGCUUAGUAUUAAGGAGGAGGGGUGGUCCUGCGGUGGCGUCAGUGACCAGGGAUCCAGUGUUGGGCAUGAAGCUGACUGACAUGCUGGCGGAACUGCAGACAGAUGCACCUGGCGAAACACCGACACCAGGAGAAGAGACACAAGCACCAGUGACUCCACAGUAGGCCUCUGCAACAUGGCUUUAACCAAACUCUUCACCUAGAUGGAACCCACAGGAGGUUGGUGGCACCUUAAUUGAGGGGGGGGGCUUAUUAAGUGGAAUGUUCUCAAAUACAUCAAACACAUGGUUUCCAUGUGUUUAAUGCCAUUCCAUUUGCGCCGAUCCAGGCAUUAUAAGCCGUCCUCCCCUCAGCAGCCUUUACUGAUGGAACCAACCGUCCACCUCCACUGACUAAAAAGGGACUUUCAGUAUCUGUCCAACACUAGACUAAUACUUCUCAGUCCAGACUUUCUGAACAAUGGAUCAACAAGAAAUACUUCUUGUUCAGUGGUCCUGGGCAGCUUUCACAACCCUCUAUCUUGACUGCAGGUUUUUGACCGGUAAUGUGUAGGAUUCCAAGUUAUUGUACAUUUCUGGUCUGGAACCUUGUAAGACUGAUGUUAUGCAUAAGGCUGUAAAUGCAUAUUCAGUGUGUGUAAUAUAUACUGUGUGUCCUACUCAGCUCUUGAGUAUUCACUUGCAAGAUGAUGCUUACGUUGCAGUGUGCUUUGACUUUCGACAGGCCACCCCUGUUGAUAGGUGACAUCGCUGUGAUUAUCGAUUGGCACCGAGUGAUCAGUAAAGUAAUUAUAUAUAUUCUAGAAUGUGGCCUCUUUUCUCUCCAUUUUUCCUCUGUCGCUCGCCCUCCGUUAUCUUUCAGUCACGCUGUAGAACACUCAUGCAAGACAAGCAAGCUGUGAGUGAGUGUUGAUAUUGCAUUCUCCAUUUGCUGCUGUGACAGUCUAAUUCAGCAGUGUCUGCUGCCUGAGCUUCUGGGAUGAAAUGGAGAUAUUAAUGCCGUAUUGCUUCAGAGAAAUACCACUGAGCACAUAACCACAUCAGCCGACUGGGGAUGAGUAAAUAAGCAUCACAGGUGCCACAUUAAAAGAAAUGCAAGGUAACAUCUGUGGAAGGUAUUCCACCAGAUAGGAAAGGAUUGACAUCAACACCUACACACUGAAUGAUUGAUAAUUAUACUCCACAACUAUAUUUAAAUGAAGAUUAGUUUCUACUGCCACAAUUCAAAUGAGCACCACACCAACAUUGCAUAUUGUUCUGAACAUAAUCUUGGCGUAUGUGUUUUUCCAUGCAUAUUUCAGAUUCAAUAACAUCUCAAAGCAAACCAGAAUAACAUGCCAAGUAACCAGUUAUUAGAACCUCUGCAGGUUACCUUUUCUCUUCUCUCUAAUCAGGAUGAUCAUCGGUCUUCCUGUUCUCAGUGCUUGCAGAGUCUUUGAUCCACUAUAUGACCUAGCAGCCCUGAAGUUCAACUGCUAUUUGAAAAGAAAUCUAAACAGCGCUUAUAUCUAGAGCCUUGGCUUUGAUAUAGAGAAGUACUGGUCGGGGUUAUUUGCUCUGGAAUAAAACUUGCACCCGUGAGCAUUUUCCCAGUUCCAAAGUACCCCCCUCUUUCCUCCACCAUCUUUUCUACGAGAUGACCUUGGCGGUGUUUCUCAUUAUCAGCCCUCUUUCUGUUUAUCAAAAGAGAACUGUCCAUCUUAGUCUAUUCUGCGCUCGCAUGGAGAGGAGAAAUGAUAUCACCAGAGUAAUGGAAUGGGUGAUUGUCUGCACACAGUCAGAGAAAGCAAUUCUGUGGCAGAUGGAUGGCUAGACUAUCUGAGGGCCUAAUGAACAGAAAGGAGGGAUAGAAUCAGGGAGAGAGGUAGAGAAGGGAAAGAAUCGGAAGGAGGGAGAGUUGGGUUCGGAAUGAAGAACAAUCCUUGUCUGUCUGCUGAAUCCACAGGCUUAGAGGGGAGAAACGGACACUCAGCUGGGUGUGUUAGCAAAACCUGUGGUUUGAUGCAAUCCUCAAAGAUGUGAUUUUUGCACUGUUUUCCUUUAUCUUGAGGGUUAAAUAAUAUAGCUUCUGUAGAGGUGUGGGUGAGCAUAUACAGUUGAAGUCAGAAGAUUACAUACAUUUCACAAUUCCUGACAUUUAAUCCUAGUAAAAAUUGUCUUAGGUAAGUUAGGAUCACCACUUUAUUUUAAGAAUGUGACAUGUCAGAAUAAUAGUAGUGAUUUUAUUUUUUUCAAUUACAUUUCCAGUGGGUCAAGUUUACAUACACUCAAUUAUUAUUGGGUAGAAUUGCCUUUUAAAUUGCUUAUCUUGGGUCAAACGUUUUGGGUAGCCUUCCACAAGCUUCGCACAAUAAGUUUGGUGAAUUUUGGCCCAUUCCUCCUGACAAAGCUGGUGUAACUGAGUCCGGUUUGUAGGCCUCCUUGCUUGCACACGCUUUUUUCAGUUCUGCCCACAAAUUUUCUACAGGAUUGAGGUCAGAGUUUUGUGAUGGCCACUCCAAUACCUUGACUUUGUUGUCCUUAAGCCAUUUUGCCACAACUUUGGAAGCAUGCUUGCGGUCAUUGUCUAUUUGGAAGGCCCAUUUGUGACCAAGCUUUAACUUCCUGACUGAUGUCUUGAGAUGUUGCUUCAAUAUAUCCACAUAAUUUUCCUUCUCAUGAUGCCAUCUAUUUUGUGAAGUGCACCAGUCCCUCCUGCAACAAAGCACCCCCACAACAUGAUGCUGCCACCCCCGUGCUUCACGGUUAGGAUGGUGUUCUUCGGCUUGCAAGCCUCCCUCUUUUUCCUCCAAACAUAACGAUGGUCAUUAUGGCCAAACAUUUUUAUUUUUGUUUCAUCAGACCAACAUUUUUAGUUUCAUUUCUCCAAAAAGUACUAUCUUUGUCCCCAUGUGCAGUUGCAAACCAUAGUCUGACUUUUUUAUGGCGGUUUUGGACCCGUGGCUUCUUCCUUGCUGAGCGGCCUUUCAGGUUAUGUUGAUAUUGGACUCGUUUUACUGUGGAUAUAGAUACUUUUGUACCGGUUUCCUCCAGCAUCUUCACAAGGUCCCUUGCUGUUGUUCUGGGAUUGAUUUGCACUUUUCGCACCAAAGUACGUUAAUCUCUAGGAGACAGAACGCGUCUCCUUCCUGAGCAGUAUGACUGCUGCGUGGUCCCAUGGUGUUUAUACUUGCUUACUAUUGUUUGUACAGAUGAACGUGCUACCUUCAGGCGUUUGGAAAUUGCUCCCAAAGAUGAACCGGACUUGUGGCCUACAAUUUUUGUCUUUGCUAAUUUCUUUUGAUUUUCCCAUGAUGUCAAGCAGAGGCACUGAUUUUGAAGGUUGGCCUUGAAAUACAUCCACAGGUACACCUCCAAUUUACUCAACUAUGUCAAUUAGCCUAUCGGAAGCUUCUAAAGCCAUGACAUCAUUUUCUGGAAUUUUCCAAGUUGUUUAAAGACACUAAGUUGAUGCUGCAUGUAAACUUCUGACCCACUGGAAUUGUGAUGCAGUGAAAUAAUCUAAGUCAUUUUUUCCAACAAUUGUGUCAUGCACAAAGUAGAGGUCCUAACCGACUUGCCAAAACUAUAGUUUGAUAACAAUAAAUUUAUGGAGUGGUUGAAACACUUAAGUUUGAGUCAUUAAAACUGGUUUAUGUAAACUUUCGACUUCAACUGUAGCCUACUGAAUAUUCUGACAUGCUUUCUGUAUGUGUUGUAUGGUUGAGUUUGUAAGUUCCAGGUGGAGAAAUGCGGAGAGCAACCAUUGAUAAGAUGGAGUUAAUACAAUGAACUUCACGAAGGAGGCCUUUAACAAGAGAAACACUGUCUGGAAGUAGAUGGCUUCUUGGCAGCAGCCACAAGAUUUCUCAAUAUUUCCUUUCAAAUGGUAUUUUCAGGCAGGUAAUACAUUUUUUUUCUGCCAGGUUUCUGGCAAGGAUCUCUGGAUACAAAUUAUUCCAAUUGAGCAUGGACUGAAAUGUAAUUGAUCAAAAUGCCAUUCUCUCUGUCAUUGGAGUGCGAGUGUGGAUAACAGUUUACUGCUUCUGACAUAGUUUUCUAAAGAAGCUGUGGAGGAGACUAGAUACAGAAUGACUCUAAGUGAAAAGUGUUUGGGGUGAGAAUUCUGCUUGAUGGCGGUGUUCUGUUUUAUACAGUGUUUUGGAAAGUUUUCAGACACCUUGACUUUUUGUUAGGUUACAGCCUUAUUCUAAAAUGUAUUACAUUGAGGAAAGAAAUCAAUAUACAUACAAUACAAAGUGAAAACGGGUUUAGAUUAGAUUUUUUUUUUCUAAUAAAAAAACAAAGUUAGAAUUAAUUGAAAUAUCACAUUUACAUAAGUAUUCAGAACCUUUACUCAGUACUUUGUUGAAGCACCUUUGGCAACAAUUACAGCCUCAAGUCUUAUUGGGUAUGUCGCUACAAGCGUAGCACAUCUGUAUAUGGGGAGUUUCCCAUUUUUCUCUGAAGAUCCUCACAAGCUCUGUCAGGUUGGCUUGGGAGCAUUGCUGCACAGCUAUUUUCAGGUCAACAGGGAUGUCCGGGCACUGGAUGGGCCACUCAUGGACAUUCAGACUUGUCCUGAAGCCACUCUUGCGUUGUUUUGGCUUUGUGCUUAGUCGUUGUCCUGAUGGAAUGUAAACCUUCGCCCCAGUGAUGUUCUGAGCGCUCUGGAGCAGGUUUUUGUCAAGGAUCUCUCCAUUACUUUGCUCUGUUCUCUUUGCCUCGAUCCUGACUAGUCUCCCAGUCCCUGCUGCUGAAAAACACCCCCACAGCAUUGUGCUGCCACCACCAUACUUCACCAUAGUGAUGGUGCCAGGUUUCCUCCAGCCGUGAUGCUUGGCGUUCAGGCCAAAGUUCAGUCUUGGUUUCAUCAGACCAGAGAAUCUUGUCUCAUGGUCUGAGUGUCUUUAGGUGCAUUUUGUCAAACUCCAAACAGGCUGUCACGUGCCCUUUUUACUGAGUGUCUUCCGUCUGGCCACUCCACCAUAAAGUCUUGAUUGGUGGAGUGCUGCAGAGAUGGUUGUCCUUCUGGAAGAUUCUCCCAUAGCUACAGAGGAGCUCUAAGUGACCAUCAGGUUCUUGGGCACCUCCCUGACCAAGGCCCUUCUCCCCCGAUUGCUCAGUUUGGCCUGGCGGCCAGCUCUAGGAAGAGUUUUUGGUGGUUCCAAACUUCUAUUUAAGAAUAUUUUAGGCAACUGUGUUUUUGGUAUUCUCCAGAUCUGUGCCUCGACACAAUCCUGUCUCAGAGCUAUACGGACAAUUCCUUCGACCUCAUGGCUUGGUUUUUGCUCUGACAUGAGACCUUCUAUAGACAGGUGUGUGCCUUUCCAAAUAAUGUCCAAUCAAUUGAAUUGACCACAGGUGGACAUCAAAGUUGUAGAAACAUCUCAAGGAUGAUCAAUGGAAACAUGAUGCAACUGAGCUCAAUUUCUAGUCUCCGAGCAAAGGGUCUGAAUACUUAUGUAAAUAAUGUAUUUUUUAUUUGUACUACAUUUGCAAACAAUUCUAAAUCUGUUUUUAUUUGUCAUUGUGGGGUAUCGAUUGAGGAUUUAUUUUUUUCAUCCAUUUUAGAAUAAGGCUGUAACAAAAUGUGGAAAAAGUCAAGGAGUCUGAAUAGUUUCCGAAGGCACUGCAUUUAACCACAACUAUUCUUACUUGUUUGGAUCUGGUUGGUUGUCAAAUGUGAUCAGUGGUAGAAAAUAAAACUCAAUUCAUUAAA